UUCUUGCUCCGUUUACUGUUUUCAGAAAUCAAGCGAAAAGCUUGUAGUUUUCUACUCUUUCACAAUCAUACAGAGAUAAUCACCCAUUUCUAUCUCUUCAUCGUUGAACCCCUUUCAUCACUGUUCAAUAGCUCUUUGCAUCAGUCAUAAUGAGUACUGCUGUAAAACUAAUUUUACUCUUCCUAUAAAUUGCAAGUAAUUACUAUUUUCUUCCCUUAGAAGACAUUACAUGGGAUGUACGAAUAGUUUGUUUCCCUUAGUAUUUGGAUACAAUACGGAUACCUUUUAGAAUCUUUCCUCCUUAAUCCUGUUCUGAUGUCAAGAGCUCUGGGAUAUGGACGUUCCUUUGGGAUGUACAAUAUGCAGAGGAGCUCUUCCACUAAUGGAAGGUGAACUACGAGAAAUAAUACUUUCAUAUCCAAGUCGUCUCUCCCGCACUUCCAAUUGCAAGUGAGAACUGAGCGAGAGGAGCUUGUUUCCCUUUCUGUUGGCUUCUAUUAACAGAUUUUGUGACAAAUUCUUUCUCUAGGCCCACUCCUUAACAUCCCUAUCUUGGAAAGGAAAGCUGCCAUCAAGAAGAGAUUCCGUUGUUGCUCUCAGAAAGGAGAAAUAUAAAACAUAAUGUUGUUGCUAUACUGAUAUAUAUCUUCACUGGCUUGAAUUUGAUUGCUUCUGUGAAGUUGACCAUGGCAGGGAUUUUGGCAAAUUCGAUUUCAGUUGUUGCCACAUCAAAUGGGCUUGAUUGUAAAUAUAUUUACUCGUUUAGUCAAGGUAGUUUUUGGUGUAGAGUCUGUUGCUUGGAGGGUAAUUUAGCCGUAAAAAAUAAAAGAAGGCGUGAAGGAACCUGCAACCUAAAAGGAACUGCCAUGCCUGGGAAGGGGAAUUCCUGGUUUGAGUGUACAGGAAUGAACUUGCAGGAUUUGUCAACUUGGAUGGGUAGUCCAACGACAGCAUCAAAUACCCAUUAUAAUAAUGAUUCCAAGUUGAAUUGCAAAACAGGAGGAAAUAAUACACUUGUAGAAAGAGGAGAGGAAGAGUUGGACAGUAACUAUUUUGAACAGAAUUUGCAUCCUCAAGACGACUCCAUGGCGCAACAGGGGAAUAGUUUUGAUGCUGGAAGUGAUAUUGAGUUUUCUCCAGAUUUAAAAUAUAGGUCCAUGGAGAAUAAAGAUAGGCUACAUUUUCUUGAGGAAAGAAAUGAAGAGAUGCUGUCUGGACGGAUCUUGACACUUAGCAGAUCAAAUAAAUUUAGAAGUGCAUUAGAGCUGUUUGAAUCCAUGAAAUUCUCAGGUCUACAACCUAAUGUACAUGCCUGUAAUUCUCUUCUUUCUUGCCUCUUGAGGAAUGGAUUCAUUAACACUGCAUUGAGUGUGUAUGAGUUCAUGAGGACAAAUGACAUUUUGACAAGCCAUACUUACAGCUUGAUACUGAAAGCAGUUGCAAAUUCUCAUGGCUUUGGUUCAGCUCUUGAAUUGUUUGUGGAGUUGGAAAGGGAUUCCAAACAGGACAUUGAUGUAAUUGUUUAUAACACAAUGAUAUCUAUUUGUGGCGGGGUGAACAAUUUGGCUGAAACUGAGAGAAUAUGGAGAAGCAUGAAGGAUAAUGGCCAUGUUGGAACAGAAGUUACUUAUUCCCUACUAAUUAGCAUUUUCACCCGCUGUGGACAGAAUGAAUUAGCUAUUGAUGCUUAUAAUGAGAUGGUUCUAAAUGGACUUAAGCCACGCAAUGAUUUGAUGCAUGCUACUAUCAGUGCAUGCACAAAGGAGGGGAGGUGGGAUUUGGCACUGGAAGUCUUUCAGAAAAUAAUGAAUGAUGGGUUUACACCGAAUCUAGUUGCAUGCAAUUCAGUGAUUAAUUCACUAGGAAAAGCAGGGAAAGCGGAACUAGCAUUUAAGAUAUAUGCUACCAUGAAGCUUUUGGGUCAUGCAGCUGAUGAAUACACAUGGAAUGCCCUGCUUAGUGCUCUCCACAGGGCGAAUAGACAUGCAGAUGUCUUAAAGUUAUUUUAUGGCAUAAAAGCUGAGCACUGCUCCCAAUUAAAUGUACAUCUCUACAACACUGCUUUGAUGUCAUGCCAGAAACUUGGUUCAUGGGAGAAAGCUUUGCAGCUUCUCUGGCAGAUGGAAGCUUCAGGACUUCCUAUUUCAGCUGCAUCAUACAACCUUGUUAUUGGUGCUUGUGAGACUGCUAGGAAACCGAAAGUUUCGCUACAAAUUUAUGAGCAUAUGGUUCACCAGAAGUGCACUCCAGACACAUUCACUUAUUUGUCAUUGAUAAGAAGUUGCAUUUGGGGAUCUCACUGGAAUGAAGUUGAGGAAAUUCUAAAUAGGGCACCAAACGUAUCACUAUAUAAUGCUGCUAUUCACGGUAUGUGUUUAAGAGGCAAAUUUGAGUCAGCAAAGAAGCUUUACAUAAGAAUGCGGAAGAUUGGCCUUAAACCCGAUGGCAAAACAUGGGCAUUGAUGCUUCAAUACUUAAAGAAACAUCCCAAGUGAAGUGGUGGUUUGUCAUGGUAGACAGAUUUAUCAAGUGUUAUUCCCGAAUGUCAAAGGGCAAAGUACAUUUGAAAGGUAAUUGAAGUCCACCUAUGAUCAUGUUUAAGUAUGUAUAAUGAUGGGUGUGUCUGCCAAGCAAACCAUACGUGUCGAAGAGUGCAUGUAUAGUCGAAUUAGAGUUCAAGGAAGUCAAGUUAUAAUUGAAGUGCUGGCUUGUACUGUAACUUAGCAAAUUAACGGGCCCAUGUAUGUAUGUCAUAUAACUGUUGUACAUAUACCACAUAAUAUUUUCUGUUUUGUACUCCUCACUCCUUUUCCUCAGCAUCUGAAACUGAUAUGUUACUGAACUUUUUUCUCUUGGUACCAAA